AUCUCUGCCACUCUCCUGCUAAAUCGCGCUAGACAGACAUGUCGAAGACGCUAGACCUGAAGUUUCCGAAGAUCUCUGGCUAUAGGCUCAUCAAAGAAAUCGGUGGUGGCGGAUUUUCAACGGUUUAUCGAGCAGUCCAUAUAGAGGAUCACCGUGUGGCAGCAUGCAAAGUCGUCCAGUUAACACCGAAGACCACAGCAAUCGAGCGCAAGACUUUGGACAAGGAGAUGCGGGUUCAUGCUGCCCUCAAGCAUCAGAAUGUUUUGGAGUUCAUUAAUGCUGUCAUCGUCGAGCCUGAUGACAAGACGCCUUGGCAUCCAGGAGUCUAUAUGUUACUCGAGUUUGCAGCGGGCGGCGAUCUGUUCGACAAGAUUGCACCCGAAGUGGGUGUGAGCGAAGAAGUCGCACAUCUAUACUUCUGCCAACUUAUAGACGGACUCAACUACAUACACACCGAAGGCGUUUGCCACCGCGACCUGAAGCCCGAAAAUCUUCUCCUCGAUGCAGCCGGAACCUUGAAGAUCUCUGACUUCGGUCUAUGUUCCGUAUACAAGUUGAAGGAAACUGGGCGAACAAGGCUGCUGUCGGAGAGGUGCGGCAGUUUGCCGUAUGUGGCACCCGAGCUAGACUCAGAGAAACCGUACGCUGCCGAGCCGAUUGACGUAUGGGGCGUAGGUGUCAUCCUCUUCACCAUGCUGGCUGGGAAUACACCAUGGGAUGAACCUACCAUCAAGAGUCGAGAAUAUCGACGAUAUACUUCUGGAGCAUUCUUGGGGGACGAACCAUGGACAAAAAUGAGCUCAGACGUCAUAUCACUGAUUACUCGAUUGCUCGAUGUCAAUCCUCAAACGCGAGCGACGCUUUCGGACGCCUUUCGACACCACUGGGUUCUCCGCCCGAGUCAACUUGCAAGCCAAGCUCCCGGUGUCCUCGCAGACAAGCUAACAGAGGCUCUCCGCAAUGCGGGUGACAUGGACGUCGCAAACCCUGAAAUGCCCUCACAGGCACCAGAGCAAAGUGAAGAAGGAGAUGUUGAUCAAGCGAUGACGAACGCCACACGCUUGUCCCAAUUCACAGAGAACUUGCUCUUAUUCGCACGUCCCUCCUUCGCCGAUCCCCAUCCACUCACCUCUUCUAAUGGUCUUUUUCCACAGUCUCAAACCCAAUCCGGCUCGCGUUACACGCCUCAUCUCACUCGCUUCUACGCCUCCCUCCCUCCACACGACCUCCUAACCGCCUGCGAUGAGGUCCUCCGCUCAUUCGGAUGCAAGACCAAACUUCAUCCUUCGAAUCCACCUCGCCCCUCAGAGGACAUGAGCGACAGCGAUAAGACCGACGCAGAGGAACGAAUUUCCGUGAAGUGCCGCGUUGGUGGUCUAGAUGCGAGGAGGGUGCAGUUCAAGGGAUAUGUAGAGGUCGAGUCCUUUGCGAGGAAUGGGUACUCGGGCAGUUUCUGUGUCUUCAGGAGGGACGAGGGUAACCCGAUCUCGUGGAGACAGCUUUGGAAAGCGUGCAUUCAGAGUCCGAUGAUUGAGCCACAUGUCUUGAAGAAGAAGCGGUGAAGGGUCGCCGUCGGACCAGAUACUAGACGAUUGAAUGACAGGGAUUCAAGUUGUCUUUGGAUGUAUUUUAGACUGUAUCGGAAAGCCU